AAAUACUAUUUUGAUGAUGAUGAUGAUGAUGAAGAGAGUGGCAUUGCUUGCUUGCUUCCUCCUGUUUCUUACUUUGCAUGCUUGUUUGUCCGAUGCUCUGUCUAAUUCUACUGGUCAAGCACUUGCGCUUCUCAAAUGGAAAGCUACCCUUCAAUCCCUCACAAAACCUUCUGUUUUGCCUUCAUGGACGGUCUCUCCGGGAAGUGCACGAGCAAGUCCAUGCCGUUGGUAUGGAAUUCAUUGCCAGGGCGACAGCGUUUCAAGAAUCAAUCUUACAAGCUACGGUGUAGAAGGUAACUUUCAUGCAUUUCCAUUCUCGUCUUUGCCUGAUCUUGAAGAGUUAGACCUUAGCAUCAAUGGAUUAUUCGGCACAAUCCCGUCUCAAAUCAAUCAACUCUCUAAACUUACUUACCUUGAUUUGUCAUAUAAUGAUUUGUCUGGUGAAAUCCCACUUCAGAUUGGCCAGCUUAUUCAUCUCAAAACCCUUCACCUUGUUCAAAACCAGUUUAAUGGCUCCGUUCCUGAAGAAAUAGGUCAGCUAGAGUCCCUUGAAGGGCUUGCCUUGCAUAAUAACUUUCUAAACGGUCCCAUCCCUUCUUCUUUGGGCAAUCUGGCCAACCUGACCUACUUGUAUAUGUUAAAUAAUUCCCUUUCUGGUAACAUUCCUUCAGAAAUGGGAAACCUUACCAACUUGCAAAAUCUUUAUAUUGCCAUCAACCAACUCACAGGUUCCAUCCCUUCUGAACUGGGGCAUAUGAGAUCGCUCAGCAAAUUAGUACUUUAUAAAAACAAUCUUUCUGGUUUCAUCCCACCCUCAUUUGGAAACUUGACAAGUCUGACCAUUCUCCAACUCUAUGAAAAUAAGCUUUUCGGUCCCAUUCCUGAAGAGUUAGGGAACUUGCAAUCAUUGAUUUUCCUAGAGUUAAGCCAAAACCAGCUCAGUGGUUCUGUUCCAUCUUCAUUUUCUAAUUUGAGCAAUUUGGAAACUUUGCUCCUCCGAGACAACCGGCUUUCCGGCCCCAUACCUCAAGAAAUUGGGAACUUCAUGAACAUGUGGAUGUUGGAACUUGAUAUAAACCAAUUCACUGGGGAGCUGCCGCAAAACGUUUGCAGAGGUGGAGCACUGGAAUAUUUCGUAGCCAAUGACAACCAUUUCAGAGGUCCAAUACCCCAAAACUUGCAAAAUUGCAGCAGCCUUAAAAGAUUGCGCCUUGAACGAAAUAGGCUGACCGGAAAUAUAUCAGAAGAUUUUGGAGUCUAUCCUAGCUUGAUAUUUGUAGGCCUUAGUGACAAUGAGUUUUAUGGUGAAAUUUCACCUAAGUGGGCAUUGUGCCACAAUUUAAGCUCUCUAUCUAUUGCUAGGAACAACAUCACUGGCAGAAUACCACCUGAGCUUGGAGACUCAGUUCAGCUUCAAGCUCUAGAUUUUUCUUCAAAUCGUUUAGUUGGGGAGAUUCCGACGGAGCUGACAAAAUUGACUUCUUUAUCAAGGCUUAUUCUAUCCGGGAAUCAACUCUCUGGUGGUAUACCAAGGGAAGUUGGAUCUUUUUCCAAUCUCGAGUAUCUCGAUUUGUCGGCAAAUGGAUUGAGUCAAUCCAUCCCCGAGACAAUAGGGGAUAUGUUGAAAUUGUUUUACUUGAAUUUGAGUAGUAACAAUUUCAGCCAGAUAAUUCCUGCUCAGAUAGGCAUGUUAAUUCAAUUGACUGAAUUAGAUCUGAGUCAUAACAUGCUUUCAGGAGAGAUUCCAGCGCAAUUUCAAUCUUUAGAGAGCUUGUCGACGUUGAAUCUCUCUUAUAAUUACCUCUCUGGCCGCAUCACAAUUUUCAAUGAGCUCCGAGGCUUGGUCUACGUUGACAUAGCGCAUAACGAGUUGCAGGGUCCAAUUCCUGAUGUUCCUGCAUUUCAGAAGGCUUCAAUACAAGCAUUAGAAGGAAACGAAGGCUUGUGUGGCAAUCUUAGUGGCUUGAAACCUUGCAAUCUUUCUAAAAAAGGCCACCGCAAGUUACUCUACGCAAUCAUAUUUCCUCUGUUAGGAGCUGCUAUCCUUUCUAUUGCUAUUCUGGCUUUGUUUUUCGGUUUCAAAAGACACAGAAAAGAUGCAGAGGAAGAAAGUGAAAGCAGCAUGAUUGAUGCAAAUCUCUUUACAAUAUCUUCCUUCGAUGGAAAAUUGUUAUAUUCUGAGAUCAGAAGUGCAACUAAAAACUUUAGUUCUCAGUUUUGCAUUGGAAAAGGAGGAUACGGAAACGUAUACCGAGUAGAGCUGUCAUCAGGUGAUAUUGUAGCUGUGAAAAAGGUACAUCCACUGCACUCCGAUGAAGUUAGAUCUACGAAAGAAUUCCAGAAUGAAGUAAUGGCAUUCAUAGAUAUACGACAUCGAAAUAUCGUGAAGUUCUAUGGGUUUUGUUGGUCUGCUGAACACUCAUUCUUGGUUUACAAAUACCUCGAAAAGGGUAGUUUGGCUACAAAUCUAAGCAAUGAAGCAGCAGCAAAAGAAUUGGAUUGGGAUAAAAGGGUGAAUAUUAUAAAAGGUGUUGCUCAUGCCUUGUCUUAUUUGCACCAUGAUUGUUCACCACCGAUUGUUCAUCGGGACAUAUCCAGCAACAAUAUUUUGCUCGACUUGGAAUUUGAAGCUAACAUUUCAGAUUUUGGCAUAGCGAAACUUCUCAAUCCAGACUCAUCUAAUUGGACCGAUCUCGCGGGAACAUAUGGAUAUGUCGCACCAGAGCUUGCCUACACGAUGAAGGUUACAGAAAAAUGUGACGUUUAUAGUUUCGGAGUGUUGAUUAUGGAAGUUAUCAUGGGAUCGCACCCUGGGGAUUUGAUCUCCACACUACCAUCUUCAUCUCUUGAAAUGAGACUUCUGGUGGAAGAUGUUUUGGAUCAAAGGCCUUUACCUCCAUUACCAGACGUUCAGGGCCAACUGAUAUCUCUGAUGAAGAUUGCUUUUAUGUGCUUGGCUGACAAACCAAAUUCCAGACCAACUAUGUACGCUGUUUCUCAGCUGCUAGUCGACUGAAUCCUUUCCUCCCAAGGUCUUAUAUUGAAUCAGUCCUGUUUCUCAGCUGUAACUCCGAAUAUUUUAAUGUUGUGUCAUUCCUUAUAUACAUGUAGAUUGGUAAGAAUAAUUUUCCCAGUUUUUCAUGUAUCAUAUUCAUGGUUAAAGUGAUCUCCAAGCAAACAGACCUCAUUAUGUAACCUACUUUUUUAAAAGGAGAUAUUUCAUUUUAGAACUGUUAUCUCA